AUGUUUUUGGACAUCAAAGCAGGCAGUGAACUUCUUGGAUGGAAAAACAUCACAGUAGCUGCUAAAGAAACUGCUCACACACUGAAAAGCGUACAGCUGAAUUCGGAUAUAGUACAAAAGACAGCAGAAAACUUCAGAGCUCUGUGCACAGGGGAGUAUGGCUUUGGAUACAGAGGCUGCACGUUUCACAGGGUUAUCCAGGACUUCAUGUGUCAGGGAGGAGAUUUCACCAACCACGACGGCACAGGAGGGAAAUCUAUAUAUGGGAAGACAUUCAAAGAUGAAAACUUCAAAUUAAAGCACUCUGGUCCAGGAACACUGUCAAUGGCAAAUUCAGGGCCGAACACCAACGGCUCGCAGUUCUUCAUCAGUACGACUAAAACAGAAUGGCUCGACGGUAAACACGUGGUGUUCGGGCAGGUGAAGGACGGGAUGGACGUGGUCAUGAGGAUGCAGUCUUUUGGUUUACACGACGGGGGCGUGGUCAAAAGAAUAGUCAUCGCUGACUGUGGAGAGAUCAGAUAACUUUUAAAGCCAUUCACAGACUUCUGUCAGAUGAGUUCGUA